AUGAGGAGAGGUUUUAGAUGGGAUGAAGCCAACCUUGGUGAAAUUGAAGCAAAUAAACAUGUAAGACAGAAAAUCAAAGAACCCAAAACUCCAUAUCAUCCUAUGAUGCAUGAUACUGAUGGAUCUUUAUCUCCUAUUAGGGGCUAUGAUAGUUUCCUUGAAGGAGAUGAUAACAGCAACAUCAGACUGAAUGCUGAUGCAAUUCAUUCAACACUGAAUGAGAUGGCAUCUUCUAGUAGCAACAGUAACUCCCAUUCUGGAUGGACAUCUUCAGAUGAUGAAGAUGAAGCAGAUGUCAUGGAUCAUGAUCUAGAUGAUGAAGGUAGGAAGAGUGCAAGAAGCGUUAGGGAGAAAAGAAAGGUGCACUAUGAUGAAUAUCGCAAAGUGAAAGAGUUACAGAAGAAGGAAUCAAUGAAAAAGGAUGAUGAAAAGCAAUCCAUUAUUGAUGGUGUGGGGGAUAUAAAUAUCAGGUUGAUGAAAGCGAAUAGCUCUCGAGUUAGAAGUGGAAAAGAAAGCUCAAGCCGCAAGAGAUAA